GCAUGGUCCUGAGUGCCCGGCCAGCCUCAGCCUCAGCAGGAGCGAUGCUGCCCUACCGGAGGGAGAGCCCGGCCCUGCCCCGCUGCCCCGUGCGGGGAGGAAGGGUGGUGCACGGGCCCCAGUUCACCUACUGCCCCAGCCCCCAAGCUCUGCAUCGGCUGCCGGGCGCCCACGCCUGCCCCUUCGCUGUCAGUGCGGUGCCUUGCCCUGACCAUGGCUUCCCCUGCCCCAGCUCCCCGGGGCGCCUGGCUGAGGGCAGGGAGCGGUACGAGCUGGAUGCACUGCCCUGGCCGGGGCCUCGGCUGGGCUUGGAUGAGCUCCAGAAGCCAGAGCUGGGGUGCUGGGCCAGGGUCCAGUCCAUCUGUGUCUCCCUUCUCAAGGUGCCCCUGAUGUUUGGGUUCCUGUAUCUCUUUGUGUGCUCCCUGGACGUGCUCAGCUCUGCCUUCCAACUGGCCGGAGGCAAGGUGGCUGGGGACAUCUUCAAGGACAACGCCAUUCUCUCCAAUCCGGUGGCUGGGCUGGUGGUGGGCAUCCUGGUGACUGUGCUGGUGCAGAGCUCUUCCACCUCCACCUCCAUCAUCGUCAGCAUGGUCUCCUCGGGGCUGCUGGAGGUGCGCUCUGCCAUCCCCAUCAUCAUGGGCUCCAACAUUGGCACCUCCGUCACCAACACCAUUGUGGCCCUCAUGCAGGCUGGCGACCGCAGUGAGUUCAAACGAGCCUUCGCUGGCGCCACGGUGCACGACUGCUUCAACUGGCUGUCAGUGCUGGUCCUGCUGCCGCUGGAGGUGGUGAGUGGGUACCUGCACCACGUCACCCGCCUGGUUGUGGCCACCUUCAACAUCCGCAGUGGGAAGGAUGCCCCCGACUUGCUGAAGAUCAUCACGGAGCCCUUUACCAAGCUCAUCAUCCAGCUGGACAAGUCGGUGAUCACGGGCAUUGCAACAGGGGACGAGAGCCUGCGCAACCGCAGCCUUAUCCGUGUCUGGUGUGGCCCUGCACCCCCACAGACAGCUGCUGUGGGGCUUGGGCCCCCCCCAAACUGCACAACCCCAGGCCACUGCAGGCUAAGGGCAUUGAGAGCCUCCACAACGUCACCAGGCAGAAGUGGGCAAGUGGCCAAAGCAAUCCAGAAGGUCAUCAACACUGACCUCCCGCACCCACUCAGCUGGCUCACCGGGUACUUCGCCAUGGUGGUGGGUGCUGGGAUGACCUUCGUGGUGCAGAGCAGCUCUGUCUUCACCUCGGCCAUCACACCCCUGAUAGGCCUGGGUGUGAUCAGCAUUGAGCGUGCCUACCCACUGACCCUGGGCUCCAACAUCGGCACCACCACCACUGCCAUUCUGGCCGCCCUGGCCAGCCCAAGGGACAAGCUGGCCAGCUCCUUUCAGGCGACCACCGGCUGGGACGACCUCGGCCUUGCUGCUAGACCGGGUCACCGAGCCCUGCGGGCCCCGCAGAACCUCUUCCUGGUGUCCCUGGCCUCAGCAGACAUCCUGGUGGCCAUCCUCGUCCUGCCCUUCUCGCUGGCCAACGAGGUGAUGGGCUAUUGCCUCGACCGCUACUGGGCCGUCACCCGGGCAGCUCGGCUCAACCUGCGCCGCAGCCCCGGGCAGCCCCUCUUCAGCUUCUUCUUCUGGAUCGGCUACUGCAACAGCAGCCUCAACCCCCUCAUCUACACCCUCUUCAACCGGGACUUCCGCACCGCCUUCCGACGACUCCUCGCUGUCCCCCGGCGGCACCGCACCUAG